AUGCGGCUAUCAAUGAGGACUGCCGGGUUGGGAAAGACUUCUGAGAAAUGGCGCAAGGAGAUUCAAGAAGAAAAGAAUAAGGCUGAUGAAUGGGAAAAGAGGUUCCAAGAAAUUCAAGUACAGAACGAGACUUUAAAGAGGAGCCUGUCAGAGAAUCAGAAGGAAAAUGGGGAACUAGAAAGCAGAGUGACUGAAUUAGAAGGAUCUCUCCAUCGGCAUCGAAAUCGAAAUUCUGUGAUGGAAUUGAAGGCAAGCUUAAAUAGAAUUGAAGAAAUGAAAGAAAGAAUUGAAGAGUUAGAAGCAGUAUUACGAAAUUGCGAGAUCCAGAUUGAGUAUUUGGAAGCUAAUAAAGAUCGUCAAACUGAGCAGUUACACUACUUCCAGAACCAAGUAAGAGAUAGAGAUCAUAUUAUGGGAGAAGCCGUGGUUCAAAUCCCGGAGGUAGCUGAUCAUUUGCAAACGUUGGCAAUACAAGCUGAUGUGUUGAGCGUAGAGUACGAGUUAAAGUCAAGACGAGGACAGAAGUUAGCUUCGUUACUUAAGAAAAUUAGAGUUUUGAGUAUUAGGGCUAAGUCGUAUCUGUAA